CCAAGCUGGAGCAACUACGAAAUUGAGGUGCAGUUUCACUCUCCCAGCCAGCUGUCACCAACACACACCAACACGCAUGCAUCACUUCGACCAAGGUGAUUAGACUCUAUGCCACUGAAUCAUGAAUUUUAUCUAAUCUCCGGAACCCAACGAGACGCUGUUAUUUGCUAAGAUGCCCCUCUGGCUCUGGUCUCUCCUGCCUCUGUUCCCCGCAAUCCGGGCCAUGAAUAAACGCUUCUUAUAGCUCUGGGAGAUCGAUCACAAUGUCUCGGCUUCCGUUUCCCGUGCCAUCCACGGAUGUGAGGCUAUAUCGACAAGAAGACCUGAGGCUUGUACCUCACCGCAGUUCCCCCUCAGCUCUGCAUACCUCGCCCGCCGGCCAGGCUGAAGGUUUCCCUACGAGUUCUCGUACCUUGCAACAAAGGCGUAUAGUGCUACCGGAUCCUGUAGCCUUCAGAUUCCUAGAAGAAGAUCCCUUAGUAACUAUCGUCGAGCGAAGGCGAGUCCUACAAGGCUACGAACUGUACUUGGUUGAGCAGUGGGCGUGCUCCCGCCAGUCUCCGACGUUAGUCAUCGUUACAUAUACGGGGGAUCCCAAGCACUCUGUCGUCGUCGGCGUCCUGGGCGUCCCUCCGAACGAGAAAGACUGGUCGCCACGCCUGCGGGUGUACUUCAAGGCCAUUGAGCAGUACCAUGCCCGACCCAAAGAGACGGAAGCUGGAGAGCUCAUGGUGACCAACCUGAGCAGCUUCCCUUCGGCCCUAACAGUGAUACCAGUUCCCGAUGGGGACAUACGGAAACAUCGCCAAAUGUUCAUCGUCAACGAAAACCUGAAGCGGCUAGGGUGCUCCGGCCGCUCAGGAAUGACGCUAUCUGACCCGACUCCAGCAACACAAGCCAAGUUCCUCCAACUUUACAAGACCUGUGAUCGCAUUCCCAUCCUCCAAUCCGUCUUGGAGCUCAUCAAGCUCUGCCAAGCUGCUCUCUUCAUCUUUGGAAAGUUUGAACAAGAAUACAUUGAUGGACUGCUUUGUGAUCUCACCGAGACCGCGAUUAACGACUGGUGGACUGAAAUUGGCUCCGAGUAUUACAACAUCGAACCCACAGAUGGCAUAUUAGGUCCUACAACCGUGGCUGCCCUCUUGGGGACACUGAUGGGGGCGAGGAACCGUCUCAGCUACUACGGAGCCGCUGUUUCGAAAGACCCUUUCGACCUGGACUGCAUGAAAAGGGGCAUAGGAACAUUUCAGAAAUCCUACAAACUCGAGAAGACAAGACGGCUCGACCGCCAGACACUCCUCAAGCUCCACACCGUAACCGCCAAGGCAGCUGCCGGCGAAGGCGGUUGGGGCGUCCAAAAGGCUGUCAAGUCCACCGUCGCCGAAAUCGGUGGCAAGAGGGGCGAGAUCGUGAUGGACAUGGUCGGUGGCCGCGACAAGGCGGGUAUCAGUGAUAUAGAGACGUUGGCCCUGGACAGAUUUAUUAGCCUCGCCGUAGGCGAACGGGCAAAGUGGCUAUGGCAUGGAAAGCCAAGGAGGACGCUACCCGACCGGCACGAAAAUUCGAUCCCCGACAUGGGCAAUCUCAUAUUUGGGAAAGAAACAAGAGACGAUAUGACCACGCCGAUAUCGACCAGGAGCUCUCAGCCACGCCCACUUGAUGAGGACCUAGAAGCCCCAAGGGUCUACUCUGCACCCGCGCCAGGCUCCGCGGCCAGUGUGGGAGAGUCUCCCGGAGAGAAAGAUGCGCUUCGUAGGACCGUCUUCAAGAGCGUUGCGGGGAGGGUGAGCGACGCACGCUCAGGGUUCGGGCGCAUUCGCGAUGCCAUGGGGGCCGGGUUGAGAGGUCAUGUCAGUCGACCUUCCAAAGACGAGACCUGCGACACCGCCAUGGCAGGCUAUUCGAGCCCAAAUAUAGCAACGCUUGCACAAUCAUCUGCGGCCUUGUCAAACCCAGCAAUGGUUGGGCGGGCUUUCACCUGGAAGAACAAGCCUGAGGAAUACGCCAACGGAUUUAGAAAGGAGAGAGAGGCUGAUUCCCUAGUUCUCGUGAAGUCUGCACUAGGUUACGGAGACGGUGAGCCGCCCGCCCUGGCGGCCAGUUAUAGAGCAACGUCGUCCGACGUUCAGCUGUCCAAGGUGGAAAGCAAGCCCGAUCCCCAGACGGCCGAGAUUCGGAAGGAGCUUGUUAUGAGCGACAUUUCGGUGGCUGGGUCGGUCGUAGAUGAGUGCGAUCUGCAAGGCCCCUUCCUCACCGCUGAACGGAACUCUACCAUUGGUCUUUCAUGUCUACAACGACGCCACAGUAUCAAUAUCUCGUCUCUCACACUCCAGACUCAGCCCAAUGAGAAUCGGUGGCCCCGCCGACUCUCCUUCAGCGAGGCUGAGGAAGCCGUCCUACGGUGGGAGGAGGUUGCGGAUAUUGCAGACCAAAGCGAAGCGAUCGACGCAGUCACCGUUCUCCAACAACUCGACAGCACUGCCGAGAUCGCACGAAGCCUAUAUGACAGGAUCACCGAACUCCAGGUGGGAGUCUCGCCCUGGGUCUCCGCCAAGAUCGCCGCCAUCGAAGCACUCGACAACACCUACGCCCACCAGCGGGACAGCCUCCACAACGUCUACUAUCAGCUGUCAGACGGCCACCAGGAGCUCAAGCAGAGGAGCAACGAGAUGGUCGCCGAGGAGCGCGCACAUCUCACCGAGGCCGUCAAAGACGUCGAGGCACUUGUUGCUAAGCUCGAGUACGAGAUAAAUGCGCUAGUAGGCAAGGUCCAGGACGUCGAAGAUGGUGUGGUCCAGUUCGAGGCACAGGUCGAGGAUGUGGAAAAGAGGGCGGAAGAGCUGAAGGCCACCCUGGAAAUAGAGAGCUGGCCCCACUGGUUUGUAAGAACGUUGACGGGCAUCGGUACGGGCCCGAAUAUCACGAGGGAGAGGAGGCCCUGAACAUAAUGGCUCGGCGCAUGCGCAAACGGGGGGAGGGGGAUUAGAUAAAAGACGAAGCAUAAUUUGGCUUGACCGCAUUUGAGGAGUGUUCGGAGCAUCGGCAUCACAUCUGUCAUUGCUUGUAUGCAAAGCAUUGGGAUCGGGAUCUUCUAUGGUCAAGCAAGGUGUUUUGUUCAUCUGGGCACAAGAUGUUUAUCUGAGAGGCGAAAUUCGAUUGGUAUUUCCCGAGCCCGAACCUUCCGAUGCAGUAACCCUGACAAACGUAGUACAGGCCGCGAUGAGUAUCGGCCGCGAUGAUAUCCCAAAACCUGAACGGAGAGGAAACUGUUGAAACAGACUGCAAAGGAAAAAAAAUCGAUCCCCUCCAAUCCCCAUCGUCCCCUCGCUAACUCCCCAGCUGAUAUGCCAAAACCCUCGCAUUUAUGAGC